CUAUCCGAACAAGGUUUGCGGCUGAUGUCAAGUCCCGAACUUCAAACUAGUCCAUAACCUCAUCUCAUUUCAAAAGUAAAUGCAGCUUUAAACAUUUGAAUGAAGGCUUGAUGUCAUUGAUGCCCUGUGCUCGCGAAAUGUCCAUCUGACGUCGUUAGAUGAACAGAAACGAGAGAAAAUGAUAAAGUUUUAACUAAUUAGACAAACCCUUUUCCUAUUUCCACAUUCCGUCGGUUGUGGCCUUCUACCCUUCGACCCUUCCACGGCAAGGAGCCCCUAGGAAAGCGAUCAGCCCGAGUCUUUCAAGCGUAGCCAAGGUCAUAGCGAUGACGUUAGCCUGUGUGUAUAGAGACAAGAGUAUUGAUAGCGACCAUUUAAGCGCACGAGUUUCUGUUCCUGAAGCUUACAUCGCGCAAAUAUGGAAGGUAUUUUUGUACGGCAAGCACUUGAAGGUGCUCUUCCUCCACCUGCUGGAGUGACUCCAAAUUUCAUCAACCCACCCAGCAUUGCCAAAUACAAUUUUCUCUGUCAAAUUGUUUGUAUGCCAGUGACCACUGUGUUCGUCUGCAUACGCUUGUACACAAGAUGUUUCAUACAUAGAAAGAUCACUGGAGAUGACUGUAAGCUUUCUUAUCUUUUGCUUUGAGAUCAUCAAUUGACUUGGGAAGAUGCUUGCAUAGUUGCUUGGGUGAGUCGUCCAUUGUACUGUUUUUUGAGCUCCGAGGAAAAUCUAAGUAGGCAUACAGCUGGGUUCUCUUAUAUAUUCUGGAAUGGCAUUAUCAUGUGAGUGCCCAAGCAAGAGAGACAUGUAUAAACAACUAACACAAUUUAGUAAACCAAUAUGGUGCCGGAAUCCAUCAAUGGGACGUUCCAGCUGCAGAUAUCAAAAAGUUUGGAAAGGUAUGUUAAAGAAACGCAAAAAGCAAAACUAAUCGGUCUACUGACGCCUUGAGCCAAGCUAGUUUACAUGACUCAGAUGUUAUACGGACCGGAAGUCUUCGUUACCAAGGUCACCAUUUUGCUCCUCCUAUCUCGAGUCUUUGGCGUCAAAGAAAAUAUGUUGUGGGCAGUCCGCGUCUUGAUUGGCUUCAUGGCACUUUACUAUGUUCCUGCAACAGUCGUGAAAAUAUUCAUAUGCUGGCCUGUUGCUCAUUUUUGGGAUCCUUUAGCUACAGAAGGCAGUUGUCUUAACGGAAAUUCCAUAUACCUUGCGGACUGUGCCAUGAGUAUUAUUAGUGAUCUCACUAUUUUAUUUCUACCAAUAUCAAUGAUUUGGAGUCUAAAAACUCGUACUAUGCGAAAGAUUGGCGUCUCGGCUGUGUUUGGGGCUGGUAUCCUGUAAGUACCCUCCACUAUCACUGACAAAAUCUGACGAUUCCGAGCAGAGCUUGUACUGCAAGUGUCUUGCGCCUGUAUGAAACACUUCAUCUUGGUGGUACCCUAGAUAAAACUUAUGGACUGGUUCCAAUAAUCCUCUGGAGGUAAGUUGAUUUUCCUCUCCGUCAUAAUCGAGUAUUGGCUCAUCUACAUACACAGUAUCGCUGAGAUCAACAUCGGCAUCAUCUGUGGCUGCUUACCGAUACUCCCCUCCUUUAUCAAAAAGACCUUCUCUGCGAUCCCGGAUUCCAAUGAUUCCAUGGAGAACGGCAUUUAUUGCCGUAUGGGACGAAUAUCGAAACCGAAGCGCAACAUUGAUGAUUCGAUAAUGCAAACGCAAACGAGGCCGGAAGAUUCGAAUGAAAGGCUACCAUUGGGGCAAUCUACAGUUGUGCAAGUAAACUUGGGCGAUAAUACAUGGCAGGGCGGCGGUAUAAUGAAAAUGGUAGAAAUUGACCAAAGGAUCUGAUAGGCUGAAUCAUUUUCAUGGCAGUAAUUUGACUCUUGUAGUUGGUCAGUAGCUUGGCUGCAGCUUCGCAGCAAAUCUCUUAUACUUUUGGUGAGCCUAAUCGCUUGGCUUCCAAGACUAAUGGAAAAGUUUUCUCAUGAGUAAGGGGUCGACGGUUUUAUGAUAACAUGCCGUGAGGUAAGGUUCUGGACUUUUAAAAGCUUGUACAAUUGUUUUAUCGUAUUUCUCUGAAUGAGCAAAAGCACUUGCCCGAUUUCGCCUGCUAUCCUCUAGCCAAAUUGUAAGCCAGCCAAGUCUCAAAGUGUGUGCUGAU